AUGGAUGAUAUAGACCAAUCAGAAAUAUAUGAUCCUUCGAUAAAUUCAUUCAGUCAAGUUGGUUCUGUUAUUGAUCAUCCUCUGUUCUUGCAAAGUGAGAUACAAGGUUGCCUUGAUGUUGGUAAUCCUAACUAUGAAUGUUCACUUUGUGGCGUGUGUUUCUGGUUAUUAGAACGUGUUGAAAGAGACUCUACAGUUAAUCGUCCUGUUUUUACUGUUUGUUGCUCAAAAGGAAAAAUUCAGUUACCUUAUCUCCGAAAGCCCCCAGAUUUGUUAUAUAAUUUGAUUAACGGACAUGAUAGCAAGAGUUUGUACUUCCAAAAAAAUAUUCGAUCUUAUAAUAGUAUGUUUGUCUUCACGUCUCUUGGCGGUAAGGUAUUGGAUUCAGUGAAUGAUGGGAGGGGUCCACCACAGUUUAUAAUAAGUGGUCAAAAUUAUGAUCGGAUUGGAAGUUUGCUCCCAGAUCCUGGUCAGAAGCCUAAAUUUGCCCAGUUAUAUAUAUACGACACUCAGCACGAGAUAAUGCAUAUGCAGCAAAACUUUGGGCAAACAUCUGAGAUAGAUAAAGAAUUGAUAGCUGAUUUGUUGCAAAUGAUCGAUACUCAUAAUGUCAUAGCACAGUCAUUUCGAAGAGUCAGAGAAUUCUAUCAGUGUCAUCCAUCUGAGAUUUUCUCUUUGAAGUUGUAUUUGCAAAGGAAGGUUGAUCGAAGAAUUUACAAUGCUCCUUCUUGCGAUGAAGUUGCUGCCUUGAUUGUUGGAGAUUUUGAUUCGUCGAAUCAUGGCCGUGACAUUAUUGUUCGAUCUACUGGUGGUCAGUUGCAACGUAUUUAUGAAACUCAUGCUCUGUAUUGGCCCUUACAGUAUCCUUUGUUGUUUCCAUAUGGUGAGGAUGGUUACCAGAUGAACAUUGGUUAUCGAGGUGAACAGCCUGGAUAUGUUCCUGGAAGGAGAACAAGGGUUUCCCUUAGGGAAUUCAUAUGUUUUCGUCUCCAGAUUAGGGAACACGAAGAUAGAAUUAUUCACAAGUGUAGACGGUUAUUUCAGCAAUUUGUUGUUGAUUGUUUCACCAUGAUUGAGUCCCAAAGGUUGCAUGAGAUUAGAAUGAAGCAAAGUACAACUAGAGGAGAAGUCCUUCAAGGAAUAGAGGAGGCUAUGCAUCGUGGCGAUGAUGAAGCUUCUUCAAUUGGGACACGAAUCAUUUUGCCUUCUUCCUUCACUGGUGGUAGACGUUAUAUGUUUAACCGUUGUCAGGAUGCCAUGGCAAUUUGUAAACAUUUUGGCUAUCCAGAUUUAUUCUUCACUAUUACGUGUAAUCCAAAUUGGCCUGAAUUUCAGCGAUUUACAGAGCGAGAGCGAAUUCCCAUCGCUGAUCGUCCUGAUAUCUCUUGUCGUGUAUUUCAUGCGAAGUUGAAGUGCCUCCUUAGCGAUCUCAAGGAAGGUGUGUUUUUUGGUUCACUUAAUGCAGGUAUGUAUACUAUUGAGUUCCAAAAAAGAGAUCUACCGCAUGCACACAUGUUACUUUGGCUUAACGUGGAAAACAACUUACAAAGUGUUGAAAUUGUUGAUGAAUUCAUCUGUACCGAGCUACCCAAUCCCCAAAAAUUUCCAUCUCUUUAUAAGGUCGUCACCAAGUACAUGAUCCAUGGUCCCUGUGGUCGACUUAGACCAAGUUCUCCUUGCAUGAAAGAUGGUAAGUGCUCAAAAUUUUAUCCAAAAAGAUUCGUUGACCAAACGAGCUUUGAUGAGGAUGGCUAUCCAAUAUAUAGACGUCGUAAUACGGGUGUCACAGUGAAAAUCAACGAUGUUGAUAUUGAUAACAGAUUUGUUGUGCCCUAUAAUCCACUACUGUUAAUGAAAUAUCAAGCUCACAUAAAUCUUGAGUUCUGUAACAAGUCAAAUGUGAUUAAGUAUCUUUUUAAGUAUGUCAAUAAGGGUCCGGAUCGGGUGACUACAACUGUUGGAGAAACAUAUGAUGUUGGUGAAUCUUCUCAGGUGGUUGAUGAGAUCAAACAGUAUUACGAUUGUCAUUAUUUGUCACCGCUUGAAUCCAUGUGGAGAAUUUUUGCUUAUGAUAUUCAUCAUAGAUGGCCGGCAGUACAAAGGUUGACUUUUCACUUGCCGAACCAGCAACAUGUUGUAUUCGAUGAUGCUGAUAUCACUACUCAUGUUUAUUUGCAGAACAAAGAUUUGCUGAUGAUGUUUACGGGUUGGAUGAUGGCCAACAAGCGGUUCCCGGAGGGGCGGUCUUUAACAUAUGUUGAAUAUCCAGACAAAUUUGUCUAUUGUUUGAAUAGCAAGGGGUGGAAGCCAAGACAGAGGGGAUUCUCAAUUGGAAGAUUGAGUUUCGCUAAUCCCUCAUCUGGUGAACUUUUCUACAUGCGGAUGCUUUUGAAUGUGCAGAGAGGUUGUACCAGUUUUCGAAGUAUAAGAACCAUGAAUGGUGUUACUUAUGAUACAUUUCAAGAGGCAUGUUCCGCCAUGGGAUUCUUGAUAGAUGAUAAGGAGUAUGUUUCUGCUAUUAAGGAAGUCAUCGAGUUAGCGUCAGCUGCACAGCUAAGGAGGCUUUUUGUGAUGUUGUUGCUAUCUGGUUCCAUGGGAAGACCUCUGUCAGUUUGGGAACAAACUUGGGCUUAUUUGUCUGAUGAUAUUCUUUAUCGCAGAAGAUAUGAGCUAUAA